AUGAGGAGCCUGUGUGUGUCUGUAGUUCUGCUGCAGUUCUUUGAGACUUGUUUAAGUCAAUUCCCUCGUCCAUGUGCCAACUCAGAGGGACUACAGACUAAAGAGUGCUGCCCAGUGUGGGAUGGAGACGGCUCAGCCUGUGGUGCCCUGUCAGGCCGUGGUUUCUGCACUGAGGUGUUGGUCUCAGAUGAGCCCCAUGGUCUCCAGUACCCACACAGUGGGAUUGAUGACAGGGAGCGCUGGCCUUUAGUUUUCUUUAACCGGACGUGCCGUUGCGCUGGAAACUACGGAGGUUUUAACUGUGGAGAAUGCAGGUUUGGUUACUGGGGUCCAAACUGUGCUGAGUACAGGGAAUCAGUGCGCAGGAACAUCCUGACCCUGUCAACUGCUGAGCAACAGAAGUUCAUCUCUUAUCUAAACCUGGCUAAAAACACCAUCAGCCGUGACUACGUUAUCGCCACAGCAACAAGAGCAGAGAUGGGCGAAAACGGUGAGAAUCCCAUGUUCUCUGACAUCAGCACCUAUGACCUGUUUGUCUGGAUGCACUACUAUGUGUCCCGGGACACCUUCUUGGGAGGACCAGGAAAUGUGUGGAGGGACAUUGACUUUGCCCAUGAAUCUGCAGCAUUUCUGCCCUGGCACAGAGUCUUCUUGCUGUACUGGGAGAACGAGAUAAGGAAGCUGACGGGAGAUCUUAACUUCACUAUCCCAUACUGGGACUGGAGGGAUGCCCAGUCCUGUGAGGUGUGCACUGAUGCUCUGAUGGGUGGACGCAGCCCUCUGAAUCCCAACCUCAUCAGCCCUUCUUCUGUCUUCUCUUCAUGGAAGGUGAUCUGCACCCAGCCAGAGGAGUACAACAGCCGAGAGGCACUGUGUAACGCUACAGGGGAGGGUCCGCUGUUGCGUAACCCGGGAAACCAUGAUCAGAACCGGGUACCCCGAAUCCCCACAGCAGCUGAUGUGGAGUUCACUGUGGGUCUCCCUGAGUACGAGACAGGGCCUAUGGACCGGUCGGCAAACAUGAGUUUUAGAAAUGUUCUAGAAGGAUUUGCCAGUCCAGUCACAGGUAUGGCAGUGUCAGGACAGAGCACCAUGCACAACUCCUUGCAUGUCUUCAUGAAUGGCUCCAUGUCCUCAGUGCAGGGUUCAGCCAAUGACCCUAUUUUCCUGCUGCACCAUGCUUUCAUUGACAGCAUAUUUGAGCGCUGGCUCAGAACCCACCGGCCUGCACGGACCAGCUACCCACGUGCCAAUGCUCCCAUUGGCCACAAUGACGGUUACUACAUGGUGCCCUUCCUGCCUCUCUAUAGAAACGGAGACUACUUCCUGUCCAACAAGGCUCUAGGAUAUGAGUACGCCUACCUGUUGGACCCUGGUCAGAGGUUUGUCCAGGAGUUCCUGACACCCUACCUCCAGCAGGCCCAGCAGAUCUGGCAGUGGCUCCUAGCUGCUGGGAUCCUCGGGGCUCUGAUCACUGCAGUCAUUGCUGCAUUGCUUGUUGUUGCCAGACGGAAGUGGAAGCGCAGUCAGAGGAGGAAGAGGGCGCUAAACUACGAAGAGAGACAGCCCCUACUACAGAGCAGCUCGGAGGAAGGUUCAGCCUCAUAUCAAACUCCUCUGUAACACACACAGAGUUUUAUGAAGCUGAAACAGUAAACAAAAUUUUUGAUUAUCUAAGUCAUUUUCAUUUUAAAGGUUUUUUGACUCUUUAAAGUUUUUAGGCAACACAAAUCUCCACUCAUGUCCACAGUAUCUGGGUAGUGACAGAAGGCAGGGGCAGAUUUAAGGGUUCGCACUAUUUAAGACAACACGGUACAUCAGUGUUCGAAUGGAAAUGUUAUACACCACGCAGACUAAUCUCUUGUGGGUACUUGAACUGUAAUUUGUGUCAGGUCAAAUCCUUGGAGUACAUUUACUGUGUACUACUGCAAGCUACUCAGCGGACAAUGACAAAUGACAGCAAGCGAAUCAGUAAAAAACAGUUUCCUUGGUAACUUACUAUUACACUGAUAGGGUCAUUUAUUUCAGGGUGAUUCUGUCACAGGAUAUAUACUGAAAGAAUUCCAAAUAAUCCCUCUGACAACAACUCAAAGAUAUUUUAGGAGGAAAGAGUAUUUUAGAUCCUUUUAAGAAACUGCAGUGACUGCUGAAGUUAAAGUCAAAAUCACACUAUUUGCUUCAUACUGUACAAACACAUAUCAUAAAACUUGCUCCCUAAUUAUCUCAGGCUCAACCUUAAGAAAAUGCAUUAUUUCAGAAUUACUAGAGGAACUAAGGACCAAACUGCUUUGAUUUGAGCAUCUUUUUAAACAAUUUGUCUUUGAGCACAAACCUCUGCUCUGAUUUACAGACAAGAAAACAUUAACUAAACCUGCAACAGUCUCUUGUGUGUUAGCAGUGGUGCUAAAGGACAAUAGCACGACAUAAUGCCUGCAAAGAAAUGUAGGUGGUACCACGAGAACAGAGAUCAUUCAUGACUUUAUACAUGCUGUAUUAAAAUGAGACUUGACCCUGAUUUUCUCUGCGAUUUUUCUGCACGAGUGUUGACUUCGGUGUUUAUGGUUGUCAAACAUCAGAUGCAUGUUUUAUUGCUAGUGUGAAUAACAACCAACUGUUGUCUUUCAUUUAGCCUCAUAGAUGUAGUGAUGAUUUAGUUAGGAGAGUGCAGUACUGCUGCAUGUCUAGCUAAAGUAAACAGUCAACGUCUGUCAAAAUAAGACAUGUUUCUAAAAAAUACAUGUGUGACAGUUAAAUAUGGGUCAUAACAUAAAUAA